GCGAAGCUUUGCUGGACGUCUAGUCUCUCUGUUGGGGGGCACAAGGAUUGACCGCUCCUUUGGGCUUUUUUUCCUGGGGGGGAACGCUAAUCCAGCAUCAUGACCGACGCACAACAAGAGGCCCGCUCCUACCUGAGCGAGGAAAUGCUGGCUGAGUUCAAAGCCGCCUUCGACAUGUUUGACACGGACGGAGGCGGUGACAUCAGCACCAAGGAGUUGGGCACAGUGAUGAGGAUGCUGGGUCAGAACCCGACCAGAGAGGAGCUGGAUGAGAUCAUCGAGGAGGUGGAUGAGGACGGCAGCGGUACCAUCGACUUUGAGGAGUUCUUGGUGAUGAUGGUGAGGCUGCUCAAGGAGGACCAGGCCGGCAAGAGCGAGGAAGAGUUGGCCGAGUGCUUCCGCGUCUUCGACAAGAACGGCGACGGCUACAUCGACAGAGAAGAGUUUGCGCUGAUCAUCCGUAGCACCGGCGAGCCGAUCACCGAGGAUGAGAUCGAUGAGCUGAUGAAGGACGGAGACAAGAACGCUGACGGCAUGCUGGACUUUGACGAAUUCCUGAAGAUGAUGGAGAAUGUGCAGUAAUGAAGCAGACAAACUCAUGGACAUUCCUCCUCACCCCAGUCAAGAAAACCUCCAUGCGGAAUCGAUCUGAGCAUCUCUCGCGGCUCAUGUGCUCCAUCCAUUCUCCUUCCUCAACAGAAAGCUCGGAGUGGAGGUUGGGGGGGCUAGACUGGAAACUGAUCCUCCCCACCUCAUCGGUCAGCUGUAAUCUAGAUGUAGUCUAGAUAGAACCUGCUGCUGCCAGACCGGUCCAUCCCUUUCCUCUGUACAAAGAAGCUAACCUGCUUGUGAACAAAAUAAAUCAUCUCACAACACGCCCCCUCACAUGACUAAAGCUUUACUACUUUUGCAAAUAUCAAAGAACUGGUUGUGCUGUACAUACAGUAAAUAUAUGAGAAAAUGCCAUGAAAAGUACUAAGCUUUUGCACAGUAUUGGAGCAGCCAUCUUUUUAUGAUUAAAAACUCAUCACAUCAGUUGAUAUGUUAAUAAAUGAGUUCUUUUGGAUUCA